AUGGCGCUGAGCUUAGAGUCAGCUGGUAGGUUCCCUGGACUGGCUCCGACAGGCAGCGUUGAACCUGAGCUGCCCAUCGACCCCUACGUGUCCCUCAACAGCUCGUGGGCAAGCCCAACAGAGGCCAGCUCCCUGGAGGACCUGGUGGCCACAGGCACGCUCGGGGUGCUGCUCUCGGCUAUGGGCGUAGUGGGCGUGGUCGGCAACGCGUACACUCUGGUGGUCAUGUGCCGCUGUCUGCGUGCCUCAGCGCCCCUGCACGUCUAUGUCGUCAACCUGGCGCUGGCCGACCUGCUCUACCUGCUCAGCAUCCCCUUCAUCGUGGGCACCUACGUCACCAAGGACUGGCACUUCGGCGAUGUGGGCUGCCGCGUCCUCUUCAGCCUGGACUUCCUGACCAUGCACGCCAGCAUCUUCACGUUGACCGUCAUGAGCAGCGAGCGCUACGCCGCCGUGCUGAGGCCGCUGGACACGGUGCGGCGUUCCAAGGGCUACCGCAAGCUCCUGGUGCUGGGCACCUGGCUACUGGCGCUGCUGCUGACUCUGCCCAUGGUACUGGGCAUCCGGCUGGUGCGCAGGGGCCCCAAGAGCCUCUGCUUGCCCACCUGGGGCCACCGCGCCCACCGCACCUACCUGACGCUGCUCUUCGCCACCAGCAUUGUGGGCCCCGGUGUGGUCAUCGGGCUGCUCUAUGCCCGCCUGGCUCGCGCCUACUGGCGGUCCCAGAGGGUCUCCUUCGGGCAGACUCGGCGGCUGCCCAGCCCCCGGGUGCUCUACCUCAUCCUCAGCAUCGUGCUACUCUUCUGGGCCUGCUUCCUGCCUUUCUGGCUGUGGCAGCUGCUAGGUCAGUACUGCCCAGUUCUGCCGCUCAGCCCCGGGACCGCGCGCCUCAUCAACUACCUGACCACCUGCCUCACCUACGCCAACAGCUGCGUCAACCCCUUUCUCUACACGCUGUUCACCAAGAACUACCGGGAGCACCUGCGGGCUCACCAGCGCUCCGUCAGCAGCCGGUUGGCGCGCAGCUUCCCACGUUCACUCGGCCGCUUCCGCCACGCCUGGGGCCGCUCUCAGUCCGCCAGCAACCAGCAGGCCACCGCGAUCACCAUGGUCUCCCGGGCCGCUCCGGGGCGGCCUGUGCCGGAGGGUCCUAUACUCUCCAGAUGA